AUGAAAUCGCUAUCCUGGGAAGAAAAGGGCAUACGUGUUGAUGGAAGAUUUCCCUCGAACCUUCGUUUUGCGAACGACAUCGUUCUCUUUUCGAGCAGUACCGAUGAAGCAGAAACGAUGUGCAACAAAUUGAACGAAGCAGGGAAUAGAAUAGGACAGCGAAUAAACAGAAAGAAGACACAAUUCAUGAAGAACGCUUACUGCGAGGACGGAGGAGUACAACUUGAAGGCUCCCAAAUCUUGGAAACUUCGUCCUACGUAUACCUCGGACGUUCUGAACAUGGAAAACGAUUUGAAGGAAAAGUGAAUAGAAGAAUGAGAGCAGCAUGGGUAGCGUUUGCACCCGUCAGGAUUCUGUCGCGCCCCGCUUUUGAUCUGCCUAUUGACAUAUCUACCACUGAAGAUCCCGAGAAAUUAGCUCGGUUCAGAUGCAACUGUCGAUAUUUGUGGCUACGAGAACUACACGGAGUUGCGACCCUGAUGAUGGCAAAUUCGCUUGAAGAGAAGCUAUUCUGGGCGUUUAUAAUCCUCAUUUGUGGAUUAUUUUCCAUCCUCAAUGCAUAUGUUAUACUUGGAGGAUAUAACGCUGAUCGAUCAACCACAAGAAUCGCAUUUGUUCCGGUUCAACAAAUCAGAUAUCCUACACUGGUGUUCUGUCCGAAAAAUGCUGAUGGAUUGAAUUUUACUAACCUCUACAACGUCGCUGGCAGUGGAUUCGAUAAUUUCGACGUCUCGACAUGGGAUGCUAGAUACAGAUGGAGAGCCAACAGAACGGUAUUAGAGAUGUUUGAUUUUGUUUUCAACGAAAAUGGAUAUCGCUGCGAAGAUUUUUUUGAGUCCUGUUGGGCUGGGUCUCGCAUCUUGGAAUGCUGUUCUAUAUUUGAACCCACCUACGUAAUGUUACGUGGAAGGUGCUUUCGUUUGAUGGAUAACUACAAUCAAACAGACGUCGACGAAACUGACAAGCUUUCAAUCCGUUUCAACAACGUGCAAGGAACACUCUCUAAGAAGAAAGCGAUUCAGGUGGUUAUGUACGUCGGCGACUCACACCCUGAGAUUGGGUUGUAUCCUAGAGUGUAUCUGAAUUAUCACGAUUGGAAUCGGGUUCGGUUCGUACAGAAAUGGAUAUCAAUGCUUCCGGAUAAUCCGAAAUGUUCGCUGAAACCUUUGAAUCAAGGAAAAUCUACGUGUUUUGUGCGCAGCUGGGUUCAGAAUGUAAUAGUCUCACGGUUGAAUUGCACAAUUCCAUACUUCAAAGGCAUGUUAUCUUUCCUGGACGACGUUCCAGUAUGUGAUCCUUCAGUCGUUGUGGACGAUUACGAUAGGGUCACGUCCACCAGUGUCGACAACUUCAGUUGCCUCCCAGCCUGCGAGCGCAUCGAAAAUCAGAUGCAGAUGAAUACCAGUCCAGACUACAGUCGGCAUAUAAACUACUCUUUCCGUGUGGAAACAUCGUUUACUGAUCUAGAGUAUGAACACUACUCCGAAAUUCGGCAGACCACGACAGCAGGUUUCGUAUCCGAACUUGGAGGGCAGAGUGGUCUCUUUGUAGGAUGCUCGGUUAUGAGCGUUGUGCAAGUCAUACUGUCGACUACCUUGUUAUGCACUGCGUUUGCUGCCAAAAUUUAUGGAAGGUACUUCGCAUAA